AUGCUGGCCAGCUCCUCGUCCAGCCAGAAGGGGUUUGCCACGUCCGGCCGGCCCUCGCAGAGCCUCGAGCGGUCCGACGUGCAGACCAUCGGCCGGACCAGCAUCGAUCGCGAGGGCACUGGGCUGCAGAUUCCCAAUGGCGGGGCUUCCAGGAACCUAUCGGCUUCGGCCGCCUCGUAUGCUCCGCGAGCCAGCAGCCUCAAUCCUGGCGCCGGCCCCGGCAGCUUCUCCUCCGAGCUGCGCAGCCAGAUGAUCCCCAUCCGCUCAGGCAGCCGGACCGACGCGGGGCCUGUCUACCCAAGCAGCUUCGUGGACAAGGUCGAGGAUGGCGAGAUUGCCGAGCAGAAUCUCUCAGCGUUGCGGGACAAGCUCAGCAGAGAAAUGAAGAUCAAGGAGGGCAGCGAAAACAUGCUCGAGGCUCUCAACCUCAAGAAGCCAAAGCAGACAAAGGAGCAGCGCCAGAGGGUCGAGGCCGAGCUGACCGCCAGCCAUUCGCGCAUCAAGGUGCUGAAGCAGCAGAUCUCGGAUGCCCAGGCCACCAGAGCGGCACCGCCCAGCACGCCUCCCAGGACCAGAGCCCAGCAAGAUGUUGCUCUCCAUCGCUCACCGCAUAGCGUCCGAUCGGGCCCCGGCUCAGACGUCGAAGAAUCUACCGAGAACCCAACAUUUACCCUUGCCGAGCUCCUCCAAGCGCUGGAAGUUGGGGGGAUGACGCCCGACUACUAUGUGACUCGGGCGAAUCUUCUGGUCGACCUGUUCAAGCGACAUCCCACCCUGAAAUACGACCUGGUGUGGUCGGUCUUUGGCCUCCGCAUGCAGAUGAUGCUCCUCAGCGAAAGCCGAGAGGUUGUCGCGGCUGGCUAUCGUGCGACCAGAUAUGCGAUUUCGGAUCGAAACUCUCUUAAGAAGAUUAGGAGCUUGAAUACCGACUUUCUAGUCAUACGGUCAUUGAACAACUAUCGAAAGGCAGAUGUCGAAAGAGAGCAGGCUCUCAAGUUUGUCCGAGCAUUUCUUGACGUUAAAGACGGAGUUAAAGAGAUCUCGCGUGCUGUUGUACGGACCAUUGUAGCCGUUGCCGAGUACGGUGAUGAUCGGUCUGGAUCAGCCCAGCCCAUUGAACAAAACACAGAUCGCCUACGGCCAAUCUGCAUCGAAACCUUGGCGGAGAUUAUGGUACGAGAUCCCCGUCUGAUCCUGGCGUCAGGUGGUCUUGGCCCGCUCUCUGAGGCUCUCUCCGAGGGAACUUACAAGGCCCCGGAGAGUCUGACGGCUGCCUUCCUCUAUCUCCUGGACACGCCGCAAAGACGAAAAUACAUCCAACCGGGGUAUGGUCUGGACGUGGUCUUCAACGCCUUUACAAGCCAGCUUGCUGGCAGCGAAGUCGUGCUGAAGCAGAACUGCAAAGCCAUUUCCGUUGCUAUGCGAUCAUGGUCUGGCCUCAUGACGCUCUGCAUGUACGACUUUCGGUCUAUUCGAUCUCUUAUCAUGAGUGUAUCUCUCCCCAGUCCUGCCGUCCGAGAAACGAUUUUGGACUUGCUCUUCUCACUCCUUCGCAUUAAACCCCCUGCCUGGGCCGUGUCCUUUUUGGCAGGACGGAGGCUGACUACCUACGGAAGGGUGAACAGCCUGAACUUGAAAGCUGAGAGUAAAGAUAGAGGGUAUCUAGAAGAAGAUAUGGGAGAGCAAAACUUUGUGGACCAUUACACGGCGCUCAUCUUGGCGGUUCUCAUCAGAUCCGGACUCAUCCAGACUCUGCUACAUGUUGCGCGCUCCGAGAAUGACACCAUGCUUAAGCGCAAGACGACGCUGUUGAUCGGCGAGGCGCUGAAGCUGGCGGCAAGGCUGCUUCCUCCCUCAUGGAGCGCAGAGAUACAACUCUUGCCGGAACUCUUUUCGGCGGCGGCCAAGUUUGGUGACCACCAGUCCUAUAUUGCGUCGGGCAUUGUGUACCAGAUGAGCAGCAUCAACCGCACAUUAUACCGGAGCGCGCCGGCCGACUCCUUGGCUGGCAUUCUACCAUCGAGUGAUAGCAUGAAUGAUCUGGCCCUCCUUGAUGAUCAACGCAAGGCGGGUUCUACGGUGGCAUUUGAUGAUGCCACAUUCCGACAGCUUCUCAUCGACACUGGCGUACUCAACAGCUCCAACUAUUCCAAAUGGAACUGGGAGAAUAUUAUCAAGGUUAUUGACGGUCCUCUGCAAGUCGGCAAGAGACUUGAAGAGGCCAUCAAGGCUUCCAAAUUCAUGAAGAGAAUCAUGAGCUUUUACAGACCGUUCAAGUACAAGUUUGCCGACGUCCGAAAUACACGAAACGCACAAAAGUACGUCAGGGCUGGAUGUGCUCUGGUGCACUCCCUGUUACAAUCGCCAGAGGGAGUCAGAUUCUUGGCAGAUAGCAAGCUGCUGAGGCAGAUUGCGGAAUGUCUGGCUCAGUGCGAUCCGACUAGUGGAUUAACCGCACAAUAUCCCAUGUUUUCUAAGGACAGGCUAACGGAUACCCUCUGCGCUGGUUACUUUCCGAUGCUUGGAGUGCUUACUGGCGAUCCAAAGGGGCUGGCCAUGCUGGAGAGGUGGCGCAUGUUCAACAUGAUGUACCAUAUUUACGAGCUGACCCAGCGCCCUGAUCUUGUCAAGCUUCUUCUCUCUAGUUUUGACUAUAGUCUUCAGGGCCACCACCGCAUCUUGCUUUCGAAAGCGCUGACGGCGGGUACGAAAGAGAUCCGAAUACACGCCACAAAUACACUUCGGAAAUGCACUCUUCGGAGGGUACCGUCCAUUGACGGCCGGGGCGAAGUGAGCGACUCGAAGUGGGCCAUCCAACUAUUAGUCACCCAGCUAUACGAUCCGGAGAUUGAGGUUUGCUCUACCGCGGUCAAGAUACUGGAGAAGGCCUGUAACAGAAAGGCUUACUUGGCGUACAUUGUCGAAUGUCGUCCGGCCCUGGAUCAUCUUGGCGAGAUUGGAGCACCUCUCUUGCUACGAUUCCUGUCCACAUCCAUUGGUUAUCACUACCUAGAUGGACUUGAUUAUAUCAGCAACGAAAUGGACGAUUGGUUUCUGGGAAGAAACGAUUCGUAUGUCGGCCUUAUCGAGGCUAGCUUGGCCAAGGCAUUCUUGACGGAUACGGACGAACAACAUCACCGCCUCAGCGUGUUUGAGGAACAUGAGGCGGAAACCGAUUAUCAUGACAGCCAUAUACCGCCCCAUUUCUACAGGGAGCUGACGAGAACCCAAGAGGGUUGCAGGCUGCUCAGUGACAAGGGCCAUUUUGACGAGUUUGCCAAUACAAUUCGUGAACAUGGCAUGCAAUCUGAGGACCCCGAGCUGAUUACAAAGGUCAAGGGCUGCCUCUGGGCUGUGGGCAACGUGGGAUCCAUGGAGCUUGGUGCCCCAUUCCUGGAGUCUACCGACAUGGUUGAGCAGAUUAUCAAAAUUGCAACACAACACGAGGUGAUGAGUCUGCGUGGAACGGCCUUUUUCGUGCUCGGUCUCAUUUCUCGAUCGACACAUGGUCUGGAAAUUCUGUCUGAACACGGAUGGGAAGCAAAUACUACGCUCAUGGGCACUUCUCUUGGUUUUUGUAUCCCGUUUAACCUGUCGGCGCUGUUUUCACUCUCGCCGUGGCAUCAUGAGACGGCUGCUUCUAUAACACUACCAGAGUCACAAUGCACUAUAAAGGAGCAGCCUCCACCUAGACCUGCUCGGCCACCGCUGGAGUUGUCGGAAAUGCCACCCCUUCUCAACGACAGUGCCAUUAGCGAGCGCAUACUAGAGCUUAUAGUAGACCUUGGGAACACUGUCCUAUACCGGAAAGCAGUCACCGAGCUGCAGAAAAUUAAAGCUCGCAAGCCAAUGGCUUUCCGCAGCGCAGAAUUCUUCAAGACGGUCAUGGGGCUGAUGGAGUGGAAUCACUACCGACUCGGCGUCCGUAGAAUGGUGAUUGACCUGUUUGAAAAGACUGUCAUGCGACAAAUCGUAUUUGAGGAAGAGGAGAGCGAUAGCAGCGAGGAGGAUGAGAGCAGUCAAGUGGAGGCGGAUGAUAGUCUUAGCUCUGGAGACGGAGACGACAGGGAUGAUAGGACGGAGAGGCAGAGGAGUAUAAGUGAGCCUGCUGAGCCGCCGCUGGAUUUGCUGCCGGCACCGUUGAGAGUACGACGGUGA